AGUGCUGUUCGUUGCAUUUCGCGUUCAGAAUGAAUGAACGCUACUGUUUGCUAACGUAGUCGUGUCACUGGGUCACAACACGCAUAUCAGUAGAAUUUUCAACAUUUCUGUAGGCAACAAAGUCUUUACAAACACUAACGUCUAACGAUCUUGUGUAGGAGUAAAAGAACGUCUACGACGCCGCGUAGUAGUUUUCGUGAAAAAUCAGAACGCUACGAGUGCAAUACUGGUAAGAAUUUGUUGGCGCAAUGGAAAACGGCGGCACAGUGAACGGACAUAAUGGUCAUUCUGGAUUGGAGAACGGCGGGGCUCACGCGGUGCACUAUUUCGUUGGUAUCGAAGGGGGUGCUUCGCAUUCGCAGGGUGUGCUGCUCAAUGAGGACGCCGUGAUUCUGGCUAAAUGCCGCGGCUGCACUACCAACCAAUGGGUUGUCGGUCUGGACAAGGCCUGCAAGACCAUCGCGGACAUGGUUAAAGAGCUCCGUCAAACGGCCAAUCUUCCAGUGGAUGUCCCCAUAACGUCCUUGGGAUUAUGUAUGUCCGGCGCGGAUGAUGAGAAAAAGAAUCAGGAAUGGGUGACGUUGCUGGAUGAGAAAUUCGCCCUGGCGCGCAGCUACAUUAUCGAGAACGAUACCCUGGGAUCGUUAGCCACGGCGCGCUCGGAUUUGGCUGGGAUUGUGUUGAUUUCGGGAACUGGAUCUAAUUGUAUUCUUCGAAAUCCGAACGGCGAAGUGAUUCAUGCUGGAGGAUGGGGCCACAUGUUGGGCGAUGAGGGGUCGGGAUAUUGGAUCGCACAUUAUGCCAUCAAGACAUAUUUUGAUCACGAGGAUCGAGUGAAAAUCUCCAAGUACGAUCUAUCGCUGUUGAGUCGGCUGAUUGUGGAUUACUUCGGGGUCGAAAAACGUUCGGAAUUGCUGAAGUUCUUUUAUUCCCCUUUUGACAAAUGCUUUAUCGCCAAAUUCUGUGAACAUCUGGCUGAAGCGGCUACCGCUGGGGAUCCUUUCUGCCGAAAAGUUUUUCAUGAAGCAGGCUACGUUUUGGCUAACCACAUUAUGGCUGUGUUACCUGAUGCAACUCAGGAACUGAAGCGGCAGCCCGGUGGUAUACCAAUUAUUUGUGUUGGCUCGGUUUUUAACAGUUGGGAACUGCUCAAGCAUGGCUUUAUGUCCCGGUUUGACGAUAACAUUCCAGAGAUGACAUUCUUCAAAUUAUGUGGCGCAUCGGCCAUUGGGGCUGCUUUUCUGGGAGCGAAAUCGGCUGGCCAUAUCAUUCCUAUCGACCACUUGCGACCAACUCAGCGAUUCUUCAAUAUUGGCACAGUUCAGUGAUCUGAUGUUCCAGUGAUUCUGAUAUGUAUAUAUAUUUUGUUUAUGUAGAUUUAAUUUUAAGAAGAGUUUGAUGUUAUCAAAGUUUUGGAAGAGUUGGUUUUUUAUUGGAUGUCCUCGAUGUGAGAUGGUUGUGGUGUGUUUUAAAAAUAUCUCUACAAAUUUGGGUAGACGUUUUGCUCAACGUUAAGAAAUACAUUUAGCAGAAUUGCACAAAUGUUUAUUCGUUCAGGUUGUGAGAGAAUCUAUUAAAGUUUACAGA